AUGUCUCCUACAGCGAUGAUACAGGAAGAAGCGAUGCCUACGACAGAGAAAGCAAAGGAAGAAGCGAUGUCUUCUACAGGGAAAGCAAAAGAAGAAGCGAUAUUACCACCCGACGCCUUCGAAUAUGUCAAUUCCAUCAAACUUCACCAGCCCGAAUUUCUCGAUCUGCGGAAGAUUGAGUGCGAAAGGAUCCUGAGCAGGAUUCAAGAUGCGUACAGUCUUCCAUUCUACGGAAAAUGUGAUCUCAAAGAACUUCUGCAAUGGCUACACCGGUUCGACUUCACCCAAGACGACGAAAUAUUUUUUAGAACAUUUCUCGGAAAGAUUAUGGGAGACUGGCGAGAAAAUCGUGUUUCGAGUUCACCUAUCCUCCAGACCCAAACUCACGAUUUUUUCCUGGAAGGUGGUUCAUUAAGAACAAUGAGAGCUGCGCACGCAUCUGACCCUGACGAUAAACAUGAGAAGGAUGAGAAGUCAAUGAAGCUUAUUCACGAGUUCGUCCCAGCUCUUCAAAUAGAGUGCGACGCUGAUACCGAAGAACGUGUUCUCCCUCUGCGAUUCGGCCUCCCUGUGGGAAGGCUGCUCUGCUGGAACAAGAAAGGGAGAACAUACGGUGACGAUGGUUAUAGUGCAAUUCAUCUUGUCUUCCAUCCAAUUGACAAGAGCUUUUGGAUCGUGGUGGAUCGCUACUUGGGCCCGGAGAGGUUUGACGAUUACCCCGAGGUGGAAGACGACUGGCCUGAUUGGGAGUAUCAGGACAAGAAACUCCUAACCCGAACCCUCCGCGACCGAUUUGAGAAAGGAGAUGAUAUUGUGAUGGCCGAGGCAUUCCGCCUGGGGACAAAAGAUCUUUGGUUCCCCCAAGGCUUCGGUCUAAGCGAGCUCGAUGGCGACAAGCCUGGAGACCCAGUUCCUAAAUACGAUGCAAGAGAUGGGCCGCCGACUAUCGAAUUCUCCAGCCUGCCAAAAGUAUCGCUGUUUCGAGACACCGAGCCCCUACAAGUUCGCUUCGCAACGCGCUCCAGCUUCCAGAGCUAUCUUACAGAACACGGGGUGGUGAAAGGACGCUCAUGGCGUAGUGUGUCUUCAGUGCCCAAUUGA